UUUUGCUUGGUCCAAUCAUGAUUGGUGACUUCAGCUAUUGGCUCUGAGCACAGGCUGUCUGACUCCAUCUGCAGGGCUGUAAUACCUACUCUCCCCGAUCCAUUCACCACACAACUUCAGCCGGCUGAACAGACUCUCGCAGCUCCAGCACAUCUUGCUAACCUAAUUCAGAAAACAAGUGCUACGGCUCUCUGCUUGUCAUCUUUGCUCAGUGUAGCAUUUUCAGCUUAUCUAGAAAACUGGGUUAUUUUUAUGAGCGAAGAAGAGAAACAGGAAUCAUGAUGGGGAUGUACUUAACAGACCCAGUACUGGAUAAAACUUAAAGCCAGUUUCUAUUCAACAUAGUGAAAAGGUCACCUUGCCUGACUGAGGAAAGAAGCAAAAUAUCAGCUUGCUGGUUUCUGUUAACAUCCUAGCUGUGCUAAGCUCUUUUGCUUGAUGUUUGUAUCAAUUUUUGGGAUAUCUGGUUAUAAAGAGAGACACUGUACUCAUGGUAGAUGACAAGGAAAAGAACAUGAAAUGUCUCACCUUCUUCUUGAUGCUUCCAGAGACGGUAAAGAACAGGUCUAAGAAAAGCACGAAGAAAACAAAUACCAGCAGUAGUAGCAGCAGCAGCAGCAGCAGCAGCAGCAGCAGCAGCAGCAGCAGCAGCAGCAGCAGCAGCAGCAGCAGCAACAGCAGCAGCAGCAGCAGCAACAGCAAGUUGCCCCCAGUUUGUUAUGAAAUAAUUACCUUGAAGACUAAAAAGAAGAAGAAGAUGGCUGCUGAUAUAUUCCCCCGUAAAAAACCAGCCAACUCCAGCAGCACCACUGUCCAGCAGUACCACCAGCAAAAUCUUAGUAACAACAACCUUAUUCCAGCCCCUAACUGGCAGGGUCUUUAUCCCACCAUUAGAGAAAGAAAUGCGGUGAUGUUCAAUAAUGAUUUGAUGGCAGAUGUACACUUUGUGGUUGGGCCACCAGGUGGGACUCAGCGGUUGCCAGGACACAAAUAUGUUUUAGCUGUUGGGAGCUCCGUGUUCCAUGCAAUGUUUUAUGGAGAACUUGCUGAGGACAAAGAUGAAAUUCGUAUACCAGAUGUCGAACCUGCUGCUUUUCUUGCUAUGCUGAAAUACAUCUAUUGUGAUGAAAUUGACUUGGCUGCUGACACAGUGCUGGCCACUCUUUAUGCUGCCAAAAAGUACAUUGUUCCUCACCUCGCCAGAGCCUGCGUUAAUUUCCUGGAGACCAGCCUGAGCGCCAAGAAUGCCUGUGUGCUCCUCUCCCAGAGCUGCCUGUUCGAGGAGCCUGACCUGACACAGCGGUGCUGGGAAGUGAUAGAUGCUCAGGCUGAGUUAGCACUCAAGUCUGAGGGAUUCUGUGAUAUCGACUUCCAGACACUGGAAAGUAUCCUCCGCAGGGAAACUUUGAAUGCCAAAGAAAUUGUGGUUUUUGAAGCAGCUCUCAACUGGGCUGAAGUAGAAUGCCAGAGACAAGACCUCGCUUUGAGCAUUGAAAAUAAACGCAAGGUCCUUGGAAAGGCACUUUACCUGAUCCGCAUACCCACAAUGGCCCUGGAUGAUUUUGCAAAUGGUGCUGCACAGUCUGGAGUUCUAACUCUCAAUGAGACCAAUGACAUCUUCCUCUGGUACACUGCAGCCAAAAAGCCUGAGUUGCAGUUUGUGAGCAAAGCCCGAAAGGGCCUUGUCCCACAGCGCUGUCACCGGUUUCAAUCCUGUGCCUAUCGGAGCAACCAGUGGCGCUACCGGGGCCGCUGUGAUAGCAUUCAGUUUGCAGUUGACAAGAGAGUGUUCAUUGCCGGCUUUGGGCUGUAUGGCUCCAGCUGUGGCUCUGCAGAGUACAGCGCCAAGAUUGAACUCAAGCGGCAGGGUGUUGUCCUGGGGCAGAACUUGAGCAAGUACUUCUCAGAUGGCUCCAGCAAUACCUUCCCUGUGUGGUUUGAGUACCCAGUGCAGAUCGAGCCAGACACCUUCUAUACAGCCAGUGUGAUACUGGAUGGCAACGAACUCAGUUAUUUUGGACAAGAAGGCAUGACGGAAGUUCAGUGUGGCAAAGUGACUGUCCAGUUUCAGUGCUCCUCGGAUAGCACUAAUGGCACUGGGGUACAGGGGGGGCAGAUCCCUGAACUUAUAUUCUAUGCUUGAAAAUAGUGUGAGCUCUGGGGUGCAUCUCUGGUUCCUACUUGCUUGAUGCUUAGCUCAUCUGCAGAUAUGUGAUCAGUGCAGGUAAUUUGUAAUGAAUGAAGCUGUAGGCAGUUUCUAAUUUCUCUGAACCUUUUAAUUAUGUACAGGCAAAAAAAUGCAGCAUUCGGCUUUUAACUAUAUGCUUAAAAGAGCCAAGUUCUUGUUAAGGCUUUGUGGUUUUUAGAGUUGCGUCUAUAUACUUGGGGAGAGUUUGUGUUCUUUUCUGACUACCCUACUGACCUCCCAGUCCUGUUUCUCUUAAGAGAGUUUUUGGAUCACCUCAGAUUUCCAUUACUGCUUCAUUUUGACAAACUGAAAGAGGCCAAAAUAAAUAAUGACAAGUUAUUUUUAAAUGGGACCCCUUCAAACUUCUUCCACCCCAAAAAUACAAGCCUCAGUGUACAAUUUUGAAAGAAGUUUCGCUUUGUAAUAAGUAACAAUUUAGAAAGACAGUAGUCAUGUUUAGGUCUUAUUUCCUUUUAAAUAUUUUAUUUUGGGCAUUGCUUUUUCUUGAAUCUUAAAAUUCACAAGGUUGUCAUAUUUUAGGCACUGAAGAGUAUUGGUAUAAAAUUGGAAGGUGAGAAAAUGAAUCUUAAGGCCAUGACUUUUGCUAUAUGCAGUUUCAUAUCCUUUCAGUUUAGAAAAUGAAAUACUGAAGUACAGACAUUUUUUUUGGAAGUGACUAAACUGUGUUGCUACCAAAAAUAUUGCAGGCCUAUUAACUUAAAAAUUUUAAAGGAAACCUAAAGAAGUCCAAAACUGCAACAGUUUACUUGAUGGAAUAUUAGAGUACACAGUUUGAAAAAGUCAAACUCUUCUCCCCACUGGCUUAUAAUCCCCACCAUUUACUUGUUUUUUUGUUGUACUGUAUAGAAUUUUAUUCCCUUUCCCCAUUAAAAGAGGACCAAACAAUUCUUUAGAUGAAUGGAAUAAUUAGUUUUGUAGCACUAAAUGUUAAUAAGAUACUUAUAUUCCCUUUUUUCCCCCCCCAAUCUGAACUAUACUUCAUCUGAUCUACCUUGACCACAUACUAGCUUCUUAGUUAUAAUUUUGUCUUGUUCCUGGACUGCUAGAAUCUGCCCUUUGGCCAUCUUAAAGUGCCAAUAUAUGCCUGCAGGGUUUAAAAAGAAUGGUCUGGAGUGACACCCUUUGGUUAUACCUAACAUCUGCUGCAUCAGCACCACAUCCAGCUUUCGUGUCUGUGCAUAUUGUAAACAGAGGAGGGAAAUACUUAUCCAAAAAUUCUCCUUCAGUGAUGGCUUGUGAUAGUUCAGUGCUGUGACCCUGGUCGUGUCAGUGCAUUCCCUUCCAGUUGAAGUUUCCAUGUGUUUCUGGGCAGCCUCUCUGCUCAGUGUGCUCCUAAGUUGGCUUCCCCUGCCACCCAGAGUGUGGUCUCUGGCCACCUCCUUCCCCUGCUCAGCGAGCCUGAACUUGGCUUGUCUGGCGGCGGGGGUUAGUCCUGGGGUGGGUGUAUGUGCGUGGGCAUCCACGCGCGUGCACGUGCGUUUGCCAGCUCAGGAAUGGUCUCCUCUCUGCUUGGCCAGUGGGAGGUGGGGCAGAAAUGGUCCCCCUGCUGGCCCCAGCAAGGCCCCAGUGAGGGACUCCCUUAUCUUAUUCACUGUGCUUCUGGGCCGCUUUCCUAUGAAUGUGGGCUUGUUGCCUUUGGCCAGCUUCCCUGAUGGAGGAGAACACUGGAUUAUAAGGAACUUCUUAAUUACUUUUGCCAUUACCUAUGUCUGGUAGCAUAGAUGAUCAAAAGCUGUUACUGGUGACGAUAAAUGAGUCCUCCCAGGACAACUUUCUGAAAUCAUCUAGUAAUUAUUUCUUAUUAGGGAGAUGACAGAUAGUAGUUUUGGCAAAGCAUCAAUUACAUAUGGAACAUUUCAAUUAAAAAAAAAUAACUUCACAAAGGAUUUUGUUUGAAAAUUAAGGUUAAAUGUUUUAGUAAUUCAUAACUACCACACAAACUGGUGGGCUUGACACCUGAUUAGAGGGCACUCAUUUUUAAGCCAAAGGAGAAAAAGCUUGAUUUAACGUUCAUUUCAUCAUGUCAGAUUGUUAAUGUAAAGGUGGGUGUGACAACUUUAGACUAAUGAUUGUUCAUCCAACUAUAAUGGUCAUCACUGACCAUUAGUGCUCCAAUAGCCUCCUCCCCUACCCCACCCCCGGUGGCUAGGAAGCAGUGGGUAGAGCAGCCUCUGCAUUGGGGGGAGGAGAACUUCACUUUAUUUUAAUUACAACUGCUUAAAAAAAAAAAUGCAUCUGUGACCUAUUGGCUGGUACUGAGAACUGUGGGUUAAAUUUGAAAAUUAUGUUCAGAAAGAAUUUUUAAUUUUAAGCUUUCUUCUGCAUUUUCAGCCACAUGGAAUGAAAGCUAAUGUGCUUCCUUUAUUUUCUUCAGUAAUCUCAAAUUUUGUAGCUUUUAAAAUUAUUCUGACAAGGCAGGCAACUAGUGUAUAAACACAACUUUAUUAACAGGAUACUCUGUAGAUGCUUUUCCCAAUGUAUCUGGCAAUCUUCGUUGUUGUUCAUACUGGGGAUCAAUGGGGACGAGGCUAGCAGUUCUAUGUAAUGUUCUUUAAGCAUACUUUUAAUAUAGUAUUUAAGUAAAUGGUCUAAUUUCUACAUAAAUAUUGCACUGAAUGUCUUUUGUUUGUUUUGUUUUUUAAGGUGUUUAAAUAAGCUUGGCUAAUUCAAGACACUAGCCACUUGUGCAUCAGAGUGCUUGAAUUUAAUAGCUUACAGCAUUAUUUAUGAAGGAAAAAUAUAUAAAUAUGAAGUACCUCAUGUUGAAUGUUAUUGUACUGUAUUUUUAAUGUAACAGUGCAGAUCUUGUUAGACACAUGAAUGUGUAUAAUCAUGUUAAAUGCAAAUAAAAAUAAAACUGGUUCAUAGA